GCAAGACUAUGAACCUCUGUUCCAAAUGCUUUGCUGAUUUUCAAAAGAAACAACCAGACGAUGAUUCCGCUCCAAGUACAAGUAACAGCCAAUCAGAUUUGUUUUCCGAAGAGACCACCAGUGACAACAACAAUACCUCGAUAACCACGCCAACUCUUAGUCCCAGCCAGCAGCCGCUUCCGACAGAAUUGAAUGUAACUUCACCAAGUAAAGAGGAGUGUACAGAAGAAUUUCGGGGUAUAAGGAAGGAGGCAGCAGGAGCAGUGAUCAGUGGGCCAUGCACAGACACAGCUCAUGUCUCGUUAAUCACACCAACCAAAAGAUCCUGUGGUACAGGUUAUGUGUUCUGUAUGUUACAUCGCCUCCCCGAGCAGCAUGACUGUACGUUUGACCACAUGGGCCGCGGCCGAGAGGAAGCCAUCAUGAAAAUGGUGAAACUGGACCGGAAAGUGGGGCGCUCCUGCCAGCGCAUCGGGGAGGGGUGCUCCUGAAGGCCAGGCAUGGCCGCCACAUGACGCUGUUCUUAGUUCACUAAUGUUAGCCUUAUUUAGGACAAAGUCAGCCAGACACCUUGUACUGGGCACGCGUCAGACUACAGCCAGUCCGUUUCCUUUCUUUAGCCAGCCAUCCUGGUACUGUAGUUUAGGGGUUGAUGGUGGUUGAAAUUGAUUUCUGGCUGGUUACUAAGGUGCCUGCUAGCCAUUGUAUAAAAUUAAAACAUGAAGAAUAUUUUUUUUUGAGCAUGGCUAGUGGAUUUCAAACAACACAUACCUGUCACUGCUGGAGUCAUACUUAUAAAAAGCCUUAAGCGGAAAGUGUUCCAGAUGGAGACUCUGAGUUAAUAGAGGAGUAGAAGCUGGUGUUAAAGUUCCCAUGACGCACAUGGCUUUGCCAGAAACUCUGGUUAAUGUUCGGCCUUUCACCUCUUCACUUAUCCUUAGUCCCAGUAGCCAGGAUACCUGAUGGCCACGCGUGCCUUGGCCACAGGAGGCUGUUGAGAUUGGCCAUGUGGCUGGGCUGGGUGGUGGCUUCGCUCUCCCACAGCGCUGGAAUUGGGAGGGGGGGGGGCAGGUUCUUAGGAAAAUUUUUUACCUGACUUGCUAUGAAAAAACUCUCUCAUCACACGAGGAGAGAAACAAUAACCUCACUUUGAAAAUUAGCUCCACUCAAGACUAGUCCAUGUACGAGACCCAUCUUUUCUACACAGGACCCACGGUCAUGGGAAGCAACCUGACCCCACUGGCUCUGGUUUGCCAUUUGCCAAGUGCAGGGAUCUGGCAAUUGAUCAAAUAAGGCUAAUUACAGCACAGCAGCUGCGGCUAGGAUCUACAAACUGGCCUCUGCAGCUAGAUUUCUAUAUUGGGAGUUUUUAAAAAGACAUUUCAUAGCCGACGGGAAUCAGUAGAAGGGCUGGGGAGCAGGUGGGAAGCUGCCGCCUGCAGGCUCUGCCCCCUCCAGCGGCCGCCUGCCCGGCCCUCUCUGGGCCAAGAGGACAGUGCCACGGCCCAGCCCCUUGUGUCUGCGCAGCUCCGUAGUCCAGGGGACCACCUCUACCACAUAGCAAGUCUGGGAAGGCGAGGCGGCCUGCGUCCCAGGGGCAGCGGGGGGAUCUGUCUAGAACAGUGGUUUGUGGCCGUGGCCCAGCUCCGAGAAGGACCUUCGCUCUGGCAGUGGGGGUGGGAGGGCACAUUUCUCAGCCUGUGCCGCUUCCUGCGGGCAGAGAGGAGUCGGUAGCCAUGGUAGCUCAGGCCAGGUGGGGAGGGUGGAUAUGGGCCUGUUGGCCCAAGUUAGGGAAUCCUCACCGAUCUGGUGGGGGCGGGGAGGGGAGACAGGAUUAAGAUUCCCUGGAAAGCCUGAACAGGGUUGAGUGGGCCAGAGACCCCGUAUGGUCCAGGCUGGUGAGAGUCGGAGGCUCCUGCAGAGGUGGUUUGGAUCUGCCCACGCACAGGCUACUGGAACAGUUUAACCCAGCAAACUUUCCCUUUUAUACCACGACCAACAGUUCGACUGUCUGCAGUUCACAGCCAAACACCUGCAACUACAAAUGUUUUUUGGUCCGGAAUGCUGAAAUAGGAAAUCAUGCUCUUCCCAACCUCUUCCUCCCAUCCCACCCCCACCAGAGUGGAAUCCGCUGCAAAAUCUCCAGCCUUAUUCUUGCUUCAGGACCCAGACCGGUGUCUCUUGCUCUAGGGCAGCCCAGGGCAGAGGGGCCGGGUCUGCCCGCGUUUACCACUGUUGUCAAGCCACGGCCCUCUGGCCACUGCAUGGCCAUCCUCAGUGAGGCGGCCCGCCCAGGCCCCCCGCCAAGCUCUGAUCCCGAAGAGGCCCCCCCGCCCCACGCCCUCCCGGCCCUCCUCAGGCCCCGCCGCUGCUGCCUCGAGGCAGGGAUGGGAAGCAGGCUCUCUGGGGAGCCCAGGGGCACACAGGGCUGCAGCCCAUAUUCACUUCCUGGUGGUAGAGCUGGGGGUGGGGGGGGGGCUUGUCCCCUGCAGUAUCUGUUCUGUGAAGUUUGUUAAAUGUAAGGAAAGCUUAAAUUCUUGUAUCUUUAAAAGAGAAGAUCUUAUUUAACCCUUUUGUGUUUUAGAUUUACUUACACACAUAGCCUAGAGCUCAGUUUUAGUUUUAACAUUGUGAAAAUAUUAAAAGAAUCUUGUAACUUUAUUCUUUUUUCUCCUGCUGAAAAAAAAAUUAAACCAAUCGUAUG